AUGAACGUCGGCGGUGAGGAGCUCCAACCGUUUUAUGACGAUGCCAGGAUUCAACUGGGCAAAGCUCUCGCUGUCGGGUGGAAAAUUAAACCAACAAAACACGUGUCUUUCCCGGCAGAUGCAAAAAUUGUCUCUGGAUCUAUUGAGCCCUGCAAUCCAUGGGGAGCCGUGAGACCUACUGUGGAGGAGAUCAUUGCAUCCUACAAAUUAAGCUGUAAGAAGCUGGGUGUGAAGCCCAUUGACAAACUGUUGAAGCAACUGCAGGAAAUCACGGAGGUGCACCAUAGGAUUAAGUGUUUAGACCUGCAAGGUGAGGUAUUGGACUAUGAGAGCUGUGAGUCUCUCGAAUCAGUCUUCCGAUCCGUCCGGUUUGAAUGGGUCAACUUGGAGCGAGCAAAGCUGGAUGAAAAUGGAGCAGCUGCCUUGUUUGACAUAAUGGAGUACUAUGAAUCAGCUGUACGUCUCAGUAUCUCCUUCAGCGCCCACAUUGGCAGUAGGGGCUGGAUGGCGGCAGCUCAACUCAUCAGAAAGAGCAGCUGCUUGAGAGAGUUUGAGGCAUGUGGGGUGGCAUUGACGGAGCACCCUUGCCGGUACAUGACAAAGGCCCUUCGCUUCAGCCAGAGUCUGGUGGGUCUGCGUUUGGAGGAUGCUGGACUGAGUGGUCUCCCUCUGAUGUUACUGGUCUCUGCUCUGAAAGUGAACCGGACCCUGCAAGAGCUCCAUCUGGCAGACAAUCAGCUGAACAGUCUCCAAGAUGCUAUGCAACUGGGAGAGUUGCUGAAGUGCAACAGCACCAUCAGAUUGCUGGACCUUAAGAACAACUGUAUCUCCAACGCAGGCCUGGAAGACAUCUGUGGGGGUCUCAGAGAGCAAAGGCACGGGCUGAGGACACUUGUGCUUUGGAACAACAAACUGACACGUAAAGGGAUGGCUCACCUCGCAGCCACCCUGCCUCACUUAACUGCUCUGGAGACUCUGAACCUCGGACAUAAUUACCUAAACAAUGAAGGAAUCUUCAGGCUCAAAGAAGCCUUGAUCGCAAACCGAUCGAUUGUACGUCUGGGACUGGCAUCCACCUCGAUAACUUGUGAAGGUGCCAUAGCAGCGGCUGAGUUUGUAGCCGAGAGCACUGCGCUUCUCAGGCUCGAUCUCCGCAGGAACAGGAUUGGGACGGCAGGUCUCAUGGCCCUCUCACUUGCCCUGAAAAUCAAUGACUCGCUGGUCAGGCUUGACCUGGAGACUGAGAUAAAGAGAGAGACAUUGCCAGGCAACCUAAACUCCCAACAAUUAGAUUCCCAGUUCUCCCUGAAGACUGCCGGGAUAUUACCAGCAGUUAAGCAUCAAGCUGACCCAAUAAAGACUGCCCCAGAAUCCUGUGCUGUGCGCUGGUCUCUGGGAGUUAGUACCGACCGUAUGCAGUUUGUUCUUGGCUUUGUUCCCCUGCGCUCAGGGGCUGUACCUCGCAAGCCUCCACUCUUGUUCUCGUACUCUCUUUGA